CAGGAAUUGGCAAUUUUCACUGUCCACAACCAGCAACACGAUUUCGCGACACCACCAUGCCUCACAGUUUCAAAAGAGUGCCCCUGUUUGGUGGCGCGCUUGAAUGCGAGCUCCCGGACAACUUUGCCGACGUCAGCAAAAUUCGUCAAGUCCCGGACAACCAAGAGGUCUACAUCGACAAGGACGGCUUCACCUCCAUCAUUUUCGACAUCACCCAGCGCGUCGAGGCGCCCGGUACGGGACUCGAGCGUGACGGUCGCGCGCUGACGAUCCACCUCGAAGAUCUGGUCGGCGAGGACGUCGACACCGUCAAGGUCUGGAACACGACCGAGACGCAGUUCACCCACCUCGAUGAAGGAACGCCGGCCUACACGCUCAUAGCGACCCAGACCCCCAAAGCUCCAUCGAACCCGGACGAGUCGCGGCGAGCAGCCGCGCCGGAUUUCACCGCGCUGAUUCUGACACUGCUGCGCUUCGAGAAGCAGGAUAGCGAUAUCCUGAUCACUAUCAACGUGCCUCACAUCAAGGGGGAGUAUGAUGAGGAGGAGGUAGACCUGGCGCUGGGCAAGCAGGGCGAGCUGAUCGGGGACGCUGUCGAGUACGCGGCGCGUAUCUGGGCGACGUUCAAGGUUAACGAUUGGCGGCUGUUUAACGAAGUGUAGAGAGAAAGGGUGUGGUAUUAUGUGUUGAUCUGGCCGGGACACGCACGGCCGGCCAGAAGAAGUUUGUCUCUCAUCGUUUUGGUUGUCUCGAUUGCAAAGGGGAGGUGCGGAAGAGCAGGCUAGGACUGGCACUUG